GCGGACUAUAUUACUAACACAAUCGCUAGCCUUCUCUUUAACUGGGGAAAACAAUAAUAGCUAACGACAAAAUGGAAAUUUCAAGCAUUACUCAUCAAUUGCAGCCUCUCUAUGUAUCGGUCCUCUGUUUCCUUUUCUUUGCCUAUUUCCUGAUCAAAUGGCUGACUUCUUUACUAGCCACCCAAAAAAACUCGCCGCCUUCACCGCCAAAGAUCCCGAUUCUUGGAAAUCUCCACCAACUUGGGCUUCACCCUCACCGAUCACUCAUGUCCUUGGGUCAACGCUAUGGCCCACUCAUGAUGCUUCACUUCGGCAGCAAGCCUGUGCUGAUCGUCUCAUCCGCAGAGGCUGCAAGGGAGAUUAUGAAAACCCAUGAUCUCGUUUUUGCUAACAGACCCAAAUUAAGUGUUACAGACAAGCUUCUUUACAACAGCAAGGAUGUGGCCAGUGCUCCCUACGGUGAGUAUUGGAGACAAAUGAGAAGCAUUUGUGUACUCCAUCUCUUGACUAACAAAAGAGUUCAAUCUUUUAAAAACGUGAGAGAAGAAGAAGUCAAUUUCAUGAUUGAGAAGAUCCACAAAUUUUCUUCAUCGUCUUUGCCUGUGAAUUUGAGUGAAAUGUUUGCUUGCCUUGCAAACGAUGUAAUAUGCAGAGUAGCUUUUGGGAAGAAGUAUAGGGGUGAAGAUGGUAAAAAAUUUCAGAAAUUGUUAGGGGAAUUUAUGAGAUUAUUGGGUAGUUUCGACGUAGCUGUGUUCAUUCCUUGGCUUUCAUGGAUUCAUUGGAUUAGUGGGUUUGAUGCAAAAGCUGAUAGAACUGCUAAAGAAUUCGAUGAAUUUAUAGAAGGAAUACUUGAAGAGCACAUCAAUAAUGGGAGAACUGUUACAGAUGGAAAAGAAGUUCCAAAUGAUUUUGUUCAUGUUCUGCUUGAGCUUCAAAAGGAAAGCAACAAUAGUAAGUCUGAGUUUUCACUUGAAAGAGAAAAUAUAAAGGCUCUCAUUCUGGACAUGUUUGUUGGCGGAUCUGAUACAUCAUCCACCGUUCUAGAAUGGGCAAUGACAGAGCUGAUAAGGCAUCCAAGAGCCAUGAAGAAAUUACAAAGUGAGAUCAAGGCAAUUGCUCCUGAAAAAUCAAACAUAACAGAAGCUGAUUUGGACAAAAUGCAAUAUCUUAAAUUGGUGAUCAAAGAGGCUCUUCGCUUCCAUGUUCCCUUUCCAUUAUUAGCCGCGAGAGAAUGUAUGCAAGAUAUCAACAUAUUGGGGUUUCAGGUUCCUGCUGGAACUAUGGUUCUAAUCAAUGCAUGGGCUCUGGCAAGAGAUUCCAAGCUUUGGAGCAAACCUGAAGAAUUCUGGCCUGAGAGAUUUUUGGACAAUCCUAUCGAUUUCAAAGGUCAUGACUUUGAGUUCAUCCCAUUUGGUGCUGGUAGGAGAGGCUGCCCAGGAAUGCCAUUUGCUAUGUCGAUUAUUGAGCUUGUGUUGGCCAAUCUCGUCAACAACUUUGAGUGGGAAUUGCCCGGUGGAAUGAAGGGAGAGGACUUGGAUGUAGACGAAUCUGUUGGAAUUACCACAAGUAGAAAGAAUCCACUUUUAGCCAUUGCAAUACCUAUUUCCCACUAGCAUUACUCCAACAGAAUACUUAAUUAUUAAUAGAUGAAAUGAUGCGUUGAGCUUAUGAAGUGUGUAUUUACUUUUAUUUUUAAUAAUUUUAAUUCUAUAACCAGUUUUCACACAA